AUGCAGUCGCAGCACCUUCGAGAUAUCACUAGAAGUAUUACUUACGAUCGACUCCUGCCAAAACUAAAUUCAGUGGCCCAGGGAAAUGGUAGGAUCGAUGGGUUGGAUCUUAGCUACUGUAUAUGUGUGGAUUAUCUCAGCUCCUUUAUAUUCGGCUAUUCCAACGGAACGAACUACCUCUCCCAACCGAAAUCGGCAAUAGACGUCUGGCGGUUUCACUAUGAAAACUUGAUGUGCCAGGAAUCCUUCUUCGUUCAAGAGACGCCUAGCUUGUACAAGCUCCUGAGAUAUAUUUCGAUUGACUUGCUGCCUAGGAAAUAUACAGAGUCAGCAGAUUUUCUUGGGCGGUGGAUGUCGGACAUGGCUUCAAAGGCAGAUAGGGCAACUGACCGAAAACGAAGCACAGGUCUGCCCUUGGCUUUAGAAGAUGAGCCGGUUGUCUAUGAUAUGGCCAAAGAGGCAGUGAGAAAGGACUCACCUCACCUCAGCGAGGGAGACCAGCGGAAGCAAGUAGCAAGUGAGAUGUUUGAUCAUAUCUGUCUGGUUCUUGGCUACGCUUUCUGGUACCUUGCACAGCAUCCAGACGCACAGCAACGUAUUCAGACAGAGCUUAAUAGCCAGGGAAUUGACAUGAGGAGCCGUGAAACUGUGACUAACUCGAGCAAAAGGCCAAGGGCUGUAGAGUUGGAUUCUCUGCCAUAUCUGCGUGCUGUUAUCGAUGAAUGCUUGCGAAUGCGCCCCACCAGUACACCUUUGCCCCGGAUCACACCAUCGAACAGGAAGGUAUCAGUGGCGGGCAUUGACGGCAUCCCACCAGGGACGCGCAUCAAUACCUUCCAAUGCCAUGCAGCAUAUCCUUGCCACUAUCUGUUCGAGCUUUAA